UCGGCGCAUGCGUAAACAUUUACUAUACUCAGAAAGUGAGACAGUAACGAGUGGCGCAUUGUUAAAUGAGUAACGCCUGUAACUCUUGGAUUUCGCUGUGUGGUUUGACUUUAACUGCUCCAAGUCGAGAUGUUUGGCUUUCAUAAGCCAAAGAUGUACCGCAGCCUUGAUGGAUGUUGCAUCUGCAGGGCAAAAUCCUCCAGCUCUCGUUUCACUGACAGCAAACGCUAUGAGAGAGACUUUCAGAGCUGCUUUGGUUUAGGGGAGACUCGCUCUGGUGAAAUCUGCAAUGCUUGUGUUCUGUUGGUGAAGCGCUGGAAGAAGCUUCCCGUCGGUUCCAAGAAGAACUGGAAUCAUGUGGUUGAUGCGCGAGGGGGACCCAGUCUGAAAACUACAGUGAAGUCAAAGAAAGUCAAAUCCCUGUCCAGUCGGAUCAGACCGAACCAGCUCAGCAGAGUUCAGAAGGAACUGAAGAGACACAAUUCAGAUGCUCACAGCACCACCUCCAGUGCCAGCCCUGCCCAGUCGCCCAGCUACAGUAACCAAUCAGAUGAAGGCUCUGACUCGGAGUUGACUCCUGGCUCUGCCCGCUCUCCAGUCUUUUCCUUCUUGGACCUGACAUACUGGAAAAGGCAGCGGGUAUGUUGUGGCAUCAUCUAUAAAGGUCGCUUUGGGGAGGUUCUGAUUGACCCUCAUCUCUACAAGCCCUGCUGUCAGAAAAAACAGGAGCAAGAGCAAGAGCAAGAGGAAGAAGAAGAAGAAGAGGAGGAGGAGGUGGAGGAGGAGGAGGAGGAAGAAGAGGAGGAAGACGGUGACCUUGAGAAAGAGGAGGUGCAGAGCAGUCAAGAAAUUCUCUCGUCCAUUCAACCGCACUCCUCUCCUCAAAUAGAAAUGGAGCAGGAAGUGGAUGAGGAGUGGUGAUGCCACAUUCCCACAGUACUGAUUUGGCAUUCUUAGGAAGCCUUCGAGAGUCGAAACCCACUCUCAAAGACGUUCUCUCGGAUUGCCUUCGAUUCAAGAGCAGCCGGAUCCUUGCUCGUCUUUUCCUGUUUCUUUCUUCCUUGUUGAGAAUGUGUCUCUUUCAUUUCCUUCGCAGUCAAAUCAACUUUUAUUUAUCAAACUGAACUGUCGUCCUUGUUUUCAAGAGCCUGGUACCACGUUAUUCCAUUUCCUAUGAGGAUUUUAUUUUUUUUGUAGACCAGAGAAAAUGAGUUUCCUUUCUUGCUAUCCCGCUCAAACACAGAAUGCUGGAUCUACAUACAUCAUGCAUAGAAAUCUAGACCGUGACCACAAUCCUACGCUGUCACUUUUAUACUCUUGAGCACCAUUCUGCCCUUCCGUUGGGGAGACUGUCUCUCUGCACUUAGUGUACAGUAUUUAGUAUACAGCAAGCAGCAUCUGCUCAAUUCUAGCUCAGUGAAGAUGAUGUUCCACCAUUUUGCUGGGAUAUAGCGAUUAUUUAGGGAAGAUCUUUGCCUUUUAUAUAUAUAUUUUUUUCUAUCUUUGUCUUUAUUGUUAAGGUGUACUCUGAUUUUUCCUCUGUUUUAUUUAAAGGUACAGGUCACCUAAGUGUUUUUUUUUUUUUUUUUUUUAAAUGU